AAAAAAAAAAAAAAAAAAAACGAACGACUUUGGCUUCUGAUUGAACACUUCCCUUGUGCCUCUUUCAGCCACCUCAGAGAAAAAAAUAAAAAAAAAAACAAAAAAUCCAGUUGGUUAACUAUAAUGUCCUCUCCUGUUGCUACCACUGACGCCCAGGCCACUGCUGCCACCUCUUCUUCCCUUCCUACUGGUUCUGGCGCCAACCACUUGAGUUUGGAACAACAACAGCAGAUUGCCGCUGCCCAGGCACAAGCUGCCCAGGCAGCUCACUUUGCUCCUGUUCCUGCUGCUGCCCCCACUGCUUCAGCUUCGCUUUAUGUUGGAGAGUUGGAUCCCUCUGUCAAUGAGGCCAUGUUGUUUGAGUUGUUCAACUCGAUCGGUCCAGUUGCUUCGAUCCGUGUCUGCCGUGAUGCCGUCACGAGACGUUCUCUUGGUUAUGCCUAUGUGAAUUUUCACAAUGUAGUGGAUGGUGAGCGUGCUUUGGAAGCGCUGAACUACACGCAGAUCAAGGGUCGUCCUUGCCGCAUCAUGUGGUCUCAGCGUGACCCUGCCCUUCGCAAGACUGGCACUGGCAAUAUUUUUAUCAAGAACUUGGACGCUACGAUCGAUAAUAAGGCUCUUCAUGACACUUUCUCUGCCUUCGGCAACAUUUUGUCCUGCAAGGUCGCUACUGAGGAUGGUCAGUCAAAGGGUUAUGGCUUUGUUCACUAUGAAACCUAUGAAGCUGCCGAGAAUGCAAUCAAGCAUGUCAAUGGCAUGCUGUUAAAUGACAAGAAAGUCUUUGUGGGGCAUCAUAUCUCUAAGAAGGAGCGUCAAUCCAAGGUUGAGGAGAUGAAAGCUAAGUUCACUAACGUCUACAUCAAGAACUUGGAUCCCGAGGUUACUCAGGAGGAGGUCGAGGCAAUGUUCACCAAGUUUGGUCCAGUUACUUCGGUGGUCAUUUCCACGGACGAAAACGGCCGUUCCAAGGGAUUCGGAUUUAUCAACUUUGAGAACCAUGAGGAUGCACAGAAGGCUGUGGAUGAACUGCACGAAUCGGAGUACAAGGAUAAGAAGUUGUUUGUUACUCGUGCACAAAAGAAGGGUGAGCGCGAAGAAGAGCUCAAGAAACAGUAUGAGCAGCAGAAGCUCGAGAAGCUUAGCAAGUACCAGGGCGUCAACCUGUACAUCAAGAAUCUCGAUGAUGACAUUGAUGAUGAGAGACUUCGUCAAGAAUUCUUGGUUUAUGGCACUAUCACUUCCGCCAAGGUUAUGCGUGAUGAGAAGAUUGGUGAUAACGGUGAAGAGAUCAAAGGUCCUUCCAAGGGAUUCGGAUUCGUUUGCUUCUCCUCUCCUGAUGAGGCUACAAAGGCUGUUACGGAAAUGAAUGGCCGCAUGUUGGGAUCUAAGCCUAUUUAUGUUGCUCUUGCUCAGCGUAAGGAGGUCCGUAAGUCACAGCUUGAGGCUCAAAUGGCUCAGCGCAGUCAGCUUCGCAUGCAACAGCUCCCUGGUCAGAUGGCUGGUGGUAUCUUCCCCCCUCAAAUGUACUAUCCUGGUUUCGCUCCUCAGGGUGGUCGCGGAAUGGUUUACCCUGGUCAACCCGGUAUGAUUCCCCGCCCUCGCUGGGUGAACCCCGGUCAGCCGCAGCAGAUGCACCCUGGUGGUCCUAUCCCAGGAUAUCCCUUGGGACAAGGUUUCCCUCCUAUGGGUCCAGGACGUCCUCGUGGCCAAGGCCCUCGCUCCCAGUCUCAACGCGGCGGUGCUGCGGGUCAGCAGGGUCGUCCACAAGGAUCUCCAGCACAAGGUGGACCUACUGGUGGAGCACCUCGUGGAGCACAUGGUGGUGGACGUGGCGGAUACACUCGUAACACUGGUCAAGGACGCAAUGCUUCUGCUCAAGUUGCAAGCGGCGGAUCGGGUGCAGGUGGAUUAGGUGAUGCCAACACCCUGACGGCUGCAGCACUGGCUGCAGCAGAUCCUGAUCAGCAGAAGCAGAUGGUUGGUGAGCACCUUUAUCCCAAGAUUGCAUCACGCCAGCCUGAUUAUGCUGGCAAAAUCACUGGUAUGCUGUUGGAAAUGGACAAUGGUGAGCUUUUGCACUUGCUGGAGGACAGUGAAGCAUUGGACGCUAAGGUCGAAGAGGCAGUUUCUGUCCUCAAGGCUCAUGAGGGUGAGCUUGAAAGAUCUACCUAGAUCACUCAUUCACAUCCAUUUUUUUUUGCAAAAAAUUGUCGAAGGAUAGAGUAGGGGCAGGUGGAGAAUUGAGGAGAACAUUGUGCUGACAACUUGAAAAAAGAAAAGUGGGCUAUAUUUGAACUACUCACAAUAUCUUCGCAGACUAUUUUAUCAAAUAAAAAACAAUAAAAAAAAUUAG